CCAAGACAAAAAAAAAACCAACUCCAUUAAUCAUCCCAGGUCACAAUCAAACUCGCAAGUUGCGAAGUCGGUUACUUGUUCAAUUAUUUUAUUUAUUUUUAAAAAUAAAAUCUGUAGAUUUCUGGUGCCUUGGACUGGGAAGGAAGCUCUGGAAUCUGGAAGCCCUUCGGUUGGUUUUUCAAAAGAGAAUUGAAGUUGAACCCAUUAACCCAAUCCAACCAUGGGCUCCAUUCGAGUUGCUGAUUCUCUAGCCAUGGCUACCGCUCACCUCGCCACCAGACCUUCUUCUGCUUUCCCUCCUCCCUCUUUCACUUGCCGUCUCCCAUAUCCCUUUCUAUCUCGUCCCGCUCCCCGACUUCUUCCCUCGCUCUCCAGCGGCGCGGCUUCCAAUUUCGUCUUCGGGCUCCGUAGGUCCUCUGUCGUCGCUGCUAACUGUACCUUGACAGCCAAUUCUGUACCGGCAAAAAGUGGAGUUUAUACAGUCGGUGAUUUUAUGACAAAAAAAGAUGAUUUGCAUGUGGUGAAACCUACAACCACUGUAGAUGAAGCACUAGAAACUCUUGUGGAGAACAGAAUCACUGGUUUUCCUGUGAUUGAUGAGGAUUGGAAAUUGGUUGGUGUUGUUUCAGAUUAUGACUUGCUAGCACUGGACUCUAUCUUCGGUGGUGGACGACAGGACACUGGCAUGUUUCCUGAAGUAGACAGCACUUGGAAAACUUUUAACGAGGUGCAGAACUUGCUGAGUAAAACCAACGGCAAGGUGGUUGGUGAUGUGAUGACCCCAGCUCCUCUUGUUGUUCGCGAGACCACUAAUCUUGAAGAUGCUGCAAGAUUACUACUCGAGACCAAAUACCGCCGACUUCCUGUAGUAGAUGCUGAUGGGAAUCUGGUUGGGAUUAUUACAAGAGGAAACGUAGUAAGAGCUGCCCUUCAAAUGAAACAUGCCAUUGAAAAAGAAUAAUAGACAUGGAGAGAUUGUUAGUAGAGAUUCCAAGUAAGAAGCUUUUCAAAGUGCAUUCUAGAAGAGGUUGGCUGCUUUAUUAUGUGUACAAUUUUGGUCUAUGUCUGUAUAAAAACGUCAGCAACAUUUUUCUCAACAUUAAUGAUACGACUGUUGAAUUCCAAGUUAAAUGGACCCAUGCUUGUCAACCCCCACCGCCCUUUGAAGGGAAAGAAAGAAAGAAAGGAAUGAAAAACUAUGAAUUAUAUCGUA